UAAUAAAUUAAGCCAAAAUCUUUUACUGUGUUCUUUGUUUUACAGAGUGAGAACAACAAUGAAGAUUUUUCAACAUCACCAACUGAUGAUUAUCAUUCUACAGAGUAUUUUAUCUCUGUACCAGAACCUUGCAACAAAAAUGAUAUACAGAAUUUUGUUCAAAUCUAUCAGCCAAUAGUAUACAGUUUAUUAUUUCUCACUGGUAUGAUUGGUAACAGCCUUGUUUUACUAACUUACUGGUUUUGCCGAAAGAUCAAAUCAAUGACAGAUGUCUACUUGAUCAGCUUAGCCUUGGCUGAUAUCCUCUUGGUCCUGAGUUUCCCCUUUUUAGGCAUUAAUGCUAUUCAGGGAUGGAUAUUUGGAAACAUAAUGUGCAAAGUGGUAAGAGGAUUGUAUUCUGUCAACUUUUUCAGCGGAUUCCUUUUUCUGACAUGCAUCAGUGUGGACAGAUAUAUUGAGAUUGUCCAAGCAGUUGAAGCUCAUAAAUUUCGACACAAGUCCAUCUAUUAUAGCAAACUGACUUGUAUAAUUGUCUGGGCAUUAUCUCUUUUACUUACCCUUCCUCAGUUAAUAUACAGUCAUUCUGAGGUUGUAAAUGGAUUCUACCAUUGCAAAAUGAUAUUUCCUGAAGAAGUUACCACCACUGUAAAAGGAAUCAGCAAUAUCGCGCAGAUAAUAUUUGGUUUUAUUGUACCUUCACUGGUUAUGGUCUUUUGUUAUUCUGUUAUUAUCAAGACUCUGCAGUCUAGCAUGAGCUUUAGGAGGCAUAAAACGCUUAAAGUCGUCAUAUCUCUUGUGGUGGUUUUUGUCAUGUUCCAGCUACCGUACAGUGUGGUUAUAUUCCUGGAGACUACAGAUAUAUUACAGAGCAAACAAAUGCCCUGUGAAGUCAGCAAGCAGAAGGAUGUUGCUCUCAUUAUAACUAGCAGCCUGGCAUUCACCAGAUGUUGUCUAAACCCUAUUCUUUAUGCUUUCAUUGGAGUCACAUUUAGAAGAGAUAUCUUGCUUCUGUUGAAGAAUCUUGGCUGUAUAUCAAGAGUGAGUACCAAAUACAAUGGUCCCAAAAGACUAUAUGUCAGUUCUGUGCCUAUGGAUACAAGUAGCUUCAGUUUAUAAAUGCAAGAGAGGCAAGCCACACGCAUUAAAGAUCACCGGAUGAGCUAAGAGAAAGAUUUUUACAGGUCUUUUCUAAACUAAGGGCAGGGAUUUCUCACUCAGCCACUAUUGAGUAAGUUAGUGCCUACACUUAUAAUUUUUAUUAGUUGAUCCAUGUUAAACCAAACAGCAAUUGCUAUGUGAAAAUAAA